AUGUUACGAAUUUUUUCUCUGCUAUGUUUAGUCAUGGGAUCUCAGUCCGCUUCGGCGCCGUUUAUCAAACCAUGCAAACCCUCCGAUGGUGCAUGCAUCCUGGCUUCAUCCAGAGCCGCCAUGCCAGACUUUACUAAGGGCUCACAGGAUCUGGGUAUAAAAAGUUUGGAUCCGAUGCACUUCAAAGAGAUCAAAAGUGACCACGCCGGUCUGAAGCUUUUGCUUAAGGAUUCUACGAUUAAAGGUCUUAAAGAUUGCGAUCUUCAAACUAGCAAGCUCGAUACAAGCAAAAUGAAGCUGACGAUACACUUAAAAUGCAACACAGUAGUGACGGGAGACUACAAACUUGAUGGCAAGCUUCUCGUCCUGCCCGUGCAAGGCGAGGGAAAAUACUCUAUAGAUAUACGUGACAUCGUUAUCAAAAUAGUUGUGGAUCUAGCUACUGUAACUGGUGCAGAUGGCAAGCCGCAUUGGCAUAUCACCAAAUUUAAACACAACUUCAAAGUAUUGACUGGAACGACCUUCGACUUCAAGAAUCUGUUCAACGGCAAUCAAGUAUUAGCUCAACCAGUACUUGAAUUCGCUAACACCAAUUGGAAGGACGUAAUGGAUGAGAUUUCACCGCCAGUAAUUGAAAUAACUGUCACAGAAGUUCUUAAAUCAGUGGAAGCUUUGUUUAAAGCGGUACCCAUCGAGAAACUUGUUUCU